GCAGCUCACACACACUCUUCCUGCUCACAUUUAAUUCAGAAACCAGCUCACAGCAAUUAAAGAUCUGAAGCACAAUGACAUCUCAGGUCUCAAAGACUGUCCUGCGACUGGAGGCUGAAGACAUCCGGGCACUAAAAGAUGGAAUUAAUUUUAAGAAAAACCAAGAGGAUGGCAAAUGUUACAUCAUUUACAAAGGCAAAGACAAAAUACGAGCGUGUGUGAACCAGUGCAAACACCAGGGAGGACUCUUCAUUAAAGACAUAGAAGACAUGGACGGCAGAACAGUGCGCUGCACCAAACACUACUGGAAACUGAACGUGGCCACAAUGGAGUAUGUCAACCCUCCAGACAGCUUCAUGCAAGACGAACUCGAGGCAGUGCUGUCAGAUACUGAUGGUAGUUUAGAGCUGGUGGAGUUGAAUCCUCCAGACCCCUGGACCGCAGAGCCCAGAGAAGCACAAGAGCUGCAUGCCGGAGAGAUUAUGCUGACGUACAUCACACACGCAUGUAUGGAGUUGAAAGGGGGGAACAAGCGGAUGAUGUUCGACCCGUGGCUCAUAGGACCAGCGUUUGCGAGGGGCUGGUGGCUCCUUCACGAACCUCCGUCUGAUGCCAUGGACAGACUCAGUCAGGCCGAUCUCAUUUACAUCAGCCACAUGCAUUCAGAUCACCUGAGCUACCCAACUUUGCAACGUCUUUCCAAGAAGCGUCCAGAUAUUCCCAUUUAUGUUGGAGACACUUCACGGCCGGUGUUUUGGUAUCUGGAGAAAAGUAGAGUGAAUUUAACAAACAUAAACGUGGUGCCGUUCGGCGUGUGGCAGAAUGUCAAUGAACACCUGCGAUUUAUGAUUCUGAUGGACGGAGUUCAUCCUGAGAUGGACACCUGCUUGAUCGUGGAGUAUAAAGGUAUUUUGCUGUACAUAAAGGAGACGAACAGCAAGAACAGCGCAGCAGAUCUGAAUGAAUCGAUAAGGAAGAGCUGUCCGAACAUCUUAACCUGGACUCCUGUACCCGGAUCAGUCCUGGAUUUGGCCCUGGCACUAAAUGACCCAUCCAACAGGAGAGUCAUCACUGAGCCGCCCAACGGCACAAAGAUCUAUAAGGACAGUUGGGACUUUGACUUGUAUUUGGAUGAACUGAAUGCUUCCGUUUCAGCUGAAAUCUUUAAAUACAAAAGCUGGAUCCAGUACUAUUAUAACUGGGCAGGAUUUAAAGACUACAAUCUGGUCAUUCGGGUCACUGAGACGGAUGAUGAUUUCAAGCCUCUGAAAGGAGGUUAUGACUAUCUGGUGGACUUUCUGGAUCUUUCUUUCCCAGCCGCGCGUCCGGAGAGAGAUCACGCGUAUGAGGAGAUCAAGAACCGAGUUAAUGUGAUGAGACACGUGGUUCUGAACGGCCGGCUGUGGGACGACCUGUACAUCGGCUUCAAUAACAGAAUGAGUCGAGAUCCUGAUGUUUACCACCACAAGUUCUGGAAUCACUUUCAGACAGAACUGCCUCUAUCAGCACCAGACUGGGAUCGUUUCCUUCAGAUUGCCUGUGAAACGGACGUGCCAAACGAGAGCAGUAAUGGCUGCGCUCUAUCUUAACACAAACACACACACAUCACAGUUAUCUGUGUCAUUUUUCUGGAUCACAGCGCUGUUUACGUGGUUUUGAGGGUCUGAGGGGUUUGAAUCUGAUGCUGCUCUAUCACUUCUGCUUAAUAACUGUAAGACAAAGACAAACACUACUUGAACAACCCCAGUGAGCACAGCUAGAGGCUAAUAUUUAUGAAGUUUCUCUGGAAUACUUGAUUCUGUGCUCA